UACCUCCACUAAGCACCUCUUCUUCAUUUUCACCCCAAUUUGAUCACCUCCUCUUUUCAUUUCUUCCAUGACAAGGAGACGGUUAUUUGAGGCCACAGAAGAUCAACAAGAUGCCAUUAACAGCAUGUUCUUCAGCAGCAGACCGCUCAAGUUGGCAAAGCUUUUGAUGAGAGGAAGACGGGUUUUCGUGGUUUUAUUGUUGUUAGGUUUCGUGUCAGUGAUGACAAAAUUUGCUUUACAGCUGAAUGCAUUACAGGAAUUGAGAAUGAGGGAAGGAAUAGCUUUUAUUCGACGACCUUCGACAGUUUUGCAACAUAAAAUGGUUAGUGAAGGUGACGAGGGUUAUAAUGUGGCUCUGAAACAACGAAGUUCCCGUCAGACUGGUGAUAUCUGGACGCAACCAAACAGUGAAAACUACUACAAAUGCAUUAAUCGAGCAAAGAAGGAUAUAUUGAAACGAAAUGCAACAAAUGGCUAUAUUAUGAUCAAGGCCAAUGGUGGGUUGAAUCAAAUGAAGCUUGGGAUAAGUGAUAUGGUUGCCGUAGCAAAACUUAUGAAUGCCACUCUGGUUCUCCCUUUUUUAGAUCAUAAAUCCUUUUGGACCGAUCCAAGUGAUUUUAAGGACAUUUUCAACUGGAAGAAUUUCAUGGAAGUCUUAAAAGAUGAUAUCAUGGUUAUAGAGUCACUCCCACCGGAGCUCGCAGACCUGAAGCCUCUCCCCAGGGCUCCAGCUUCCUGGUCCAAGGCUAGUUACUACAGAGGAUAUAUGUCUUCGUUAUUGAAGCAGCACAAAGUGCUCAAAUUCACGUACACAGAUUCCAGACUUACUAAUGAUCUUGGUGGUUCAUUCCAAAAACUACGCUGCCGUGCAAUGUUUGAGGCACUGAGAUUCUCACCUGAAAUCGAACAACUAGCAUCAAAGUUGGUUAACAGAUUAAAGAACAACAAUAGUAGAUACAUUGCUCUCCAUUUAAGAUAUGAAAAGGACAUGCUUUCUUUCACAGGCUGCAGUCACAAUCUGACCAAAGACGAAGAUAGAGAACUCGCAAAAAUAAGGAAACAAACAUCUCACUGGAAGCAUAAGACGAUUAAUAGCACCAAUCAUAGACUCCAAGGGGUAUGCCCCAUGACCCCAAGAGAGGUUGCUGUGUUUCUUGAAGCAAUUGGGUUUCCUUUGGAUACAAAAGUUUAUGUAGCCGCUGGGAAAAUCUACGGGACAGAUGGGAUUAGACCUCUGAAAGAUAAGUACCCCAAUUUAUUCUUCCACUCAAAUUUAGCGACUGAAGUAGAGUUGCAACCUUUCAAGAACUUGCAGAACCAGCUUGCUGCCUUGGAUUACAUUGUGGCUUUGGAGAGUGAUGUGUUCAUUUAUUCUUUUGAUGGAAAUAUGGCUAAAGCAAUAAAAGGGCAUCGACGAUUUGAAGGGUUCCGGAAGACGAUCAACCCCAACAAACAACAAUUUGUGACAUUGAUUGAUAGGUUGGACAACGGAAUGAUAUCUUGGGAAAAAUUCUCAUCCAAGGUGAAGAAGUUGCAUGAAAAUCGGAUCGGAGCACCAUACUCCAGAGUAGCCAGAGGUGACCACAAACUUGAGGAGAACUUUUACGCAAACCCUUUUCCGGGUUGCAUCUGUGAAAAGUCCGGAGGCUCAUCAACAGUAGCCAAGCAACAAUAACAGGAAGAGAAGCUCAUUUCGGGAUGGGAGAUGCCGAGGAAGUUAUACCGGUCGAGUCUUAAAGAUCAUAAUUUAGGCUUGUGGCCUCUACUGUACGUGGUAGAAAAAUAUUAUACCUAGCUCUAAACGUUAUUGUAAGACAAAAAUAUGAUCGGUUUCUCUGAAGCAAGGCUUUUGGCAAUUGGAAAAGAAAAUCAUUCUUACAUAUAUACAAACUGAUAAUACAAGAACA